AGGACACAAAAAGUAGCUGUGAUAUAAAAACCGUCCAUCCUGAGGACGGACAUGCUGACGUUAAUAUUUUCUGUCUCUUCCUCAGAGCGUCCCUUCCUGACCAUCUACCUGCUGCAGCGAGCUGAUGCUAACGUUCUGAGCAUGCAAAUGGAGCUGCUACAGGCGAACAUUAGCAGUGAGUCAUUAGCAAUUAAUAGGGAGCUAAUUGCUAAUGUUAGCACCAACAGAAUGGAGGUGAAUGGGGACAGCGGUGCUAACGUUAGCAGUACUAACAUUAGCAGUGCUAACAUUAGCAGCAGCAGCACAGUGGAGGUGCAUGAGGGGCAGGACGUGAGGCUCACCUUUGUGGGCGAGGCAUAUCCACCAAUCAGAAGGCAGCACUGGACGACCACAACCCACGACAACAAUGGCACAGUGCAUCAGGAGAGCUACACCACACGCCACAACAGGUGGGUGGCGAGCUUGCUGCUGCGGCAUGUUCGUCAAAAGGAUCGAGGUCGGUACUCGUAUCACUUUUCUACCUCGUUCUUCAACGGAUCGCAUAACAUCGACCUCCAAAUUUACCGUGCUCCUAGUGUCAUCGUCCGUCUGAAGAACGGCACUUUGACCUGCAGGAGCUGUGGAUAUCCAUUACCCAAAAUCCUCUGGUACACCUGCCCCGGGGUCCACGACACGUGUGGACACGUCUCCACCCGUCAGGUCCUGGCUGCUGUGACCUCACAGGAAGAGGAAGAGGAAGCGAGAAGCCACCUGAGCGUCCCCGUGUCCCCUGAUGAUGAUGUCACUGUAGAGUGUGUGGCGUCCAACAGAGCCGGAGAGACUCGAGACGUCUUCACUGUCCGAAAAGCUGAAAGCGUCUUCACGCUGUCUCUGAUCGGAACGCUGGCUGCUGGCGUCUUCUUCUGCCUGCUUUCAUUGGUCCUCCUCGUCCUGUGGAGACAGGUAGGACUACCUGUCCUUUACAGGAAUAAUCCAGUAUUUAUCCUGGAUCAUCUCACGUUUUAUAAUAAUAAAUAAAGUUUCCUCUGUCUCUGACAAUAUUUAAAUAAAGUUAGAGUGUGCGUGUUCUCCCCGUGUGUGCGUCGGUUCUCUCCGGUUCUCCGGCUUCCUCCCACAGUCCAGAGACCUGCAGCUCAGGUGGACUGCUGACUCUGAAUCGCCCGCAGGUGUGACUGUGAGCGUGAAAGCUCGUCUGUCUAAACGUGUCUGAUAGUCUGACGACCUAACCCACACAAACACAACACACGACAACACAAACACAACGAC